AGUUGCAUUGAUCAGAAGUUCACAUCGUCUCGGACAAAGAUGCAGCCGAACGCACCGUCUGUGCUCCUCAGAUAGGCCGUGAGUUAACCGAGGACAGAGGCGGAGAAGCGGGUUAAAGGGGAGGCUGAUUGUGCGCGCCGCAGUUUCCACGAUGCUGUUACCGUCCGGCGCGCUGCCGCUGCUGGCGGCUUUCUACUCCACUUUAGACCUGAUAUGGGCUGAGGGUUGUGGAGCUUCAUGUGGAAAAUGUGACUGCAGUGGAGUGAAAGGAGCUAAGGGUGAACGUGGAUUUCCUGGUCUUCAGGGUAAUAUGGGAUUCCCAGGAAUGCAGGGACAUGAGGGGCCUCCUGGGCCAAUGGGCCCCAAGGGAGAUCUGGGAGCACUUGGAGCUCCGGGACUAAAAGGAGUGCGAGGUCCACCUGGCCUGCCAGGGUUUCCAGGAAACCCAGGACUACCAGGCCUCAACGGAAAUGACGGUCCACCAGGUCCACCUGGAAUCCCAGGAUGCAAUGGGACCAAAGGCGAAAGAGGAAUGGACGGCAUUAAUGGUUUUCAUGGACUUCAAGGGCCACCUGGCCGCCCAGGACUACAAGGAAUGAAAGGAGACCCUGGUGGUGUGAUUGAUGUGAUAAAAGGAGACAAAGGGUUACCAGGCACACCUGGACUACCUGGAAUACCUGGACCCUUUGGACCAAGCGGACCUCCGGGACCCCGAGGAUAUUCAGGAAUAAAAGGUGAUCCUGGACUGCCUGGUCCUCCAGGAGAGAAAGGUGACAGGCUGGCCUUUGUGAGUGAAAAAGGAGAUAAGGGUGAGCGGGGACUCAGAGGCCCUCCUGGUCCCCCUGGACCACCUCAAGAAGUGGAAGGACAGACCACAGUAGUCGUACCAGGACCACGGGGAUACCCGGGAGAGAAGGGUGACAAAGGGGAUAAAGGCUUCUGUCUCCCUCAUCAGCAUGGAAUCAAAGGUCAACAAGGGCCACCUGGACCAAGAGGUAAACCUGGUAAAGAUGGCAACGAUGGGACAAAGGGAGAAAAAGGCUUCAUUGGAGCUCCUGGAUCUACUGGUUUGUCGGGUGAGAAGGGCGAUAGAGGACCACCAGGUUACGCUAGCGGUCCACCUGGUCUUCCUGGCCUACGUGGUCCCCCUGGGAUACAAGGAGAAAAAGGUUUCCGUGGUCCUCACGGAGAGGCUGGUCCACCAGGCCGCUCCAUCGAGGGUUCUCGUGGCGAGCCGGGUCGGAAGGGAGAAAUGGGUGAAAAGGGCAACAGAGGCUUAGAUGGAGAAUCUCUUUCUGGACCACCAGGAAGAACAGGGCCCAUCGGACCCCCUGGGCAACCAGGACCAGCCCCUGACCCUAACGAGUGCCAGAUGGAGAAAGGAGAUCGUGGUCCACCUGGACAACCAGGAUUAUCAGGGGAAGAUGGGCAAAAGGGUGAGAAAGGAGAAACUUGUGUUAGUUGUAAAGGCACCGUCAUACCUGGAUUAACUGGCCCUGCAGGCGUUAAAGGAGAUAAAGGACACCCAGGUCCAGUUGGAGGCAAAGGAGAAAAGGGUAAUUCUGGGCCACCUGGAGAACUUGGAACACCUGGCGCUCCAGGAUCUCCUGGACUGAUGGGGGCCCCUGGGGCUAUAGGUGAACCUGGAGACAUUUUCAUUGCGCCUGGUUAUAAGGGAGAGAAAGGUAUUGCUGGACGUCCGGGAUUUCAGGGACAAGCGGGCAAGGAUGGAAAGCCGGGGAGCGAUGGACUUCCAGGUCAACCAGGCCCCAAAGGAGAACCUGCCAAAGAGGGUAUUAAAGGUGAACGUGGACCAGAUGGAGAGCCUGGUCUUAUUGGGCCUCCUGGAGAAAGGGGUCCACCUGGUGUUCCAGGGUUCGGCCAACCGGGUUGGCCUGGAGAAAAAGGCAGUCAGGGAAAGCCAGGCAUUACAGGAGCUCCAGGACUUCCUGGUCUAAAAGGAGAGCCAGGUAAAGGUAUUAGCACUCCGGGACCACAGGGGCCACCUGGACCACGAGGAGCUAGUGGCAUACCAGGACAUCAAGGUGAAAGAGGUCUUCAAGGUGACCAUGGUCUACCUGGUUUUCCUGGAGAAAAGGGUGAGCAGGGACCACCUGGAAUUGGAUUUCCCGGCCCAGCGGGUGCUAAAGGAAUCAGUGGAAUUCCUGGAGCCCCAGGAGUGCCAGGAGAGCCUGGAAGACCAGGACAGGUUGGCUUCACUGGAAAACCUGGUCCACCUGGGCAAAAAGGUGAACCUGGACGGGGUCUUCCAGGCCCAAAAGGUUCACAGGGCAUGCCAGGAAUCAGUGGAUUCCCAGGAGAAAAGGGUGGCAUUGGUCUUCCAGGAAUUCCCGGGCUAGAAGGACAGACAGGACCACCAGGACCUCAGGGUGUUAAAGGUGAAGUUGGACCUCCAGGACCACCUGGUCAGAUUGGCCAACCAGGUGCUCCAGGGAAAGGACUUCCUGGACCGCAAGGACCUCAAGGACCACGUGGAGAGGCAGGACCGUAUGGUAGAGAAGGUAUAAAAGGAGAGAAGGGCUACCCUGGCCCUCCAGGUCUCGAUAUGCCGGGGCCUCAAGGAGAGAAAGGUAUCCCUGGCCUCCCAGGAGACCAAGGUGUCAAAGGACUGCCAGGUCUACAAGGCUCGCCAGGUCGAGAUGGGCUAACUGGGUCCCAAGGUCUCAAAGGUGAAAUGGGAGUUAUGGGAACUCCAGGAUCGACAGGAUUUCCCGGACCACCUGGAGAACCUGGAUCCCCUGGUCUGAGAGGUGUUCCUGGUGCUAUUGGACCAAGAGGAGAUCUCGGAGAAGAAGGUCAGAAAGGUGACAGGGGAGAUCCAGGUCCUGAAGGUCCUCCCGGAAACCUGACUCAAUAUGAUAUGGAGCACAUGAAAGGGGAAAAGGGAGACACUGGAGACCCAGGUGAACCUGGUUCUGCUGGACAGAAGGGCUUCCCUGGCCUUCAAGGAGAACAGGGAAUGCCUGGCAAAGAUGGAGCACCUGGGUCACCUGGCCAGCCAGGUCAGAAAGGAGAUCCUGGUUUUCCUGGAGAACCUGGUACCAUGGGACCAGCUGGGCCAAAAGGCAGUGUGGGGGAGAUGGGAGAACCAGGUGUGAUUGGUCCAAAGGGUUCCAAAGGAAACAUUGGUACACCGGGUCAUCCUGGGUUCAGAGGGACUGAUGGUGAAAAAGGAGACCUGGGACAACCUGGUGAGCCAGGUAUUGGUGUUCCUGGAUUUCCAGGAGAAAAGGGACUGACAGGUCAGCCAGGAUUUCCAGGGACUCGUGGAGACAAGGGUGAGAAGGGUCAAGAGGGAAUGCCUGGAAAACCAGGAAACCAAGGACAGAAAGGUGACAAAGGAGGUGCUGGAUACCCGGGACAGUCAGGCAGGCCGGGAGAAAAGGGUAAUCCUGGACUUCCUGGAUCUGCUGGAGAGCCUGGUCGUGAUGGCCGUCCUGGGGAAGGUGGCCUACAGGGAUCUCCUGGUCCUCGUGGAGAGAAGGGUGACCCUGGAAAGGAUGGCAUCCCUGGAUCCUCUGGAGAGAGAGGAGACCCAGGUAUACCAGGUCUAGGUUUGCCUGGACCACCUGGAGCUCUUGGAGGGAAAGGUGAAAAAGGUGAUCCGGGUUUUCCUGGCAUGCCUGGUCAAUCAGGUGUACCUGGUAUCAAAGGAGAAAAAGGACUUCCUGGUCCUCAAGGUUCACAGGGGGAGCCAGGGGAACGAGGUCUUCCAGGCAUCUCCCUUCAGGGCCCCAAAGGAGAGCUGGGCGUGAGAGGAGCAGUCGGGGAAACAGGAACCCCAGGAGUGCCAGGACCUGCUGGAGUGCCAGGCACAGAGGGCACAAAGGGAGAGAAAGGUGAUGCUGGUCAGCCCGGUUACCAGGGAGAGUCGGGACAAAAGGGUGACUCUGGAUCUCCUGGAUUUCCUGGGCCGUCUGGCCUUCCAGGUAUCGACGGGCAGAAGGGAGAGCGAGGGUUACAGGGGGUUCCUGGCUUCCCAGGUAAAGAAGGUACUGUGGGUGAGAUUGGAUUCAAAGGAGAACUGGGUGACAGAGGAUUCCCUGGAGAAAAAGGCAAUGAAGGCCCCCCUGGUCUCCCAGGCCCCAGGAUACUGAUCAAAGGAGAUAGUGGAUUACCAGGAGAUCAGGGUCUCCCUGGUCCACAGGGACCUGCAGGGCUUCCAGGACAGAAAGGACAGCAAGGUGUGAUGGGUAUUCAGGGCCCAAAAGGUGAAGUAGGUAUUCAUGGAUUUGAUGGUCAGCCAGGAGCCAAAGGAGACCGUGGUGUGCCAGGGCCACAAGGACCCAGAGGAUAUCCAGGUCCCCCAGGACCCGACGGUGUUCAAGGUCAAGUGGGUCCACCUGGCCCAUCUUCCAUGGACCAUGGUUUCUUAGUAACACGUCACAGCCAAAAUGUGGAGAUUCCACAUUGUCCUGGGGGUACUAGCUUAAUCUACGAAGGCUACUCCUUGCUCUAUGUGCAAGGCAAUGAGCGGUCACAUGGACAAGACUUAGGUACGGCAGGCAGUUGUCUCCGAAAGUUCAGCCCCAUGCCGUUCUUGUUCUGUAACAUCAACAAUGUGUGCAACUUUGCAUCUCGUAAUGAUUACUCCUACUGGCUAACCUCACCGGAGCCAAUGCCCAUGAGCAUGGCACCUAUCACCGGGGACAGCAUCAAACCCUUCAUCAGCAGGUGUGCUGUAUGUGAAGCUCCCGCUAUGGUGAUCGCAGUCCACAGUCAGACGAUCAGGAUCCCACCUUGCCCUCAAGGCUGGGACUCUCUGUGGAUUGGCUACUCCUUUGUCAUGCACACCAGUGCAGGUGCUGAGGGUUCAGGUCAGGCUUUGGCCUCCCCUGGUUCCUGUCUGGAGGAGUUUCGCAGCGCUCCAUUCAUUGAAUGUCACGGCCGAGGAACCUGCAACUACUACGCCAACUCCUACAGCUUCUGGCUGGCCACCAUCGAGACAGACGAGAUGUUUACGAAACCCGUUCCAACAACGCUUAAAGCAGGCAGCCUCCGAACACACAUAAGCCGCUGUCAAGUGUGCAUGAAGAGGACAUUCACUUAAAACCAGAGGCCUUCCUUCAUUUAAAGACAAGAACAGCAAAGCAUGCAUCAACAUCCUCAGCUUAGCUUUACUUCCUGUUCUGAUGGUGCUAUUUCCCGUUGUAGCGUGUGUGAAUUGAGAGGAACAAGAGGUGUGGGUUGCAGAACAGCCAGCGACUGAACUUUACAAAGCAAACAGAGACCAAGGGGCUUUUUUAAUCUUCUUUUGCUCCGAGCAGAAACACACGGCAUGUUUCCAAAGAAUGGCUCCCGGUUUACCACUGCACUGAGUUGAAACCCCUUAAAAAGGUUAACUGGUGUUCAUCUUCAAAGGGCUGUUUGUGUAAGUCAGGUGCUAUUGAAUUUUAAUUGUCUGUCUUUCCUUUUGUUCCAUUUUAAUUUUCCUUAUCUUCCACUGCCACACAGUUCAUGCAUGUAACCACACAGUAAUAUACCUUUUCACGCCUUAUAACUUGUUUAAACCUACUAAUGCUAAAAACGAUGGGACUUACCACUGCUUACACAUGACUGUCACUUCCUAAACCACCUUAGCAAUUACUGUGUUGUAAAUACAAUGCAUUCCUGUAUACCACAGUCACACAUACUCUCCUCAGGUUAUUACUGUAUCAGUUUGUGCGUCAUUAAGCCCAUUUUUUUAUUUAUAAAAUUUACAAAAUGAUGUUGGUUGUUUAUCUGUAAGUCAGCGUAUUCAAGAAUAAUGUUUCAUUGUUUAACAGCCAUAUUAACAUAGAAACAGCACUGAAGUUGCAUUGACAGGAUGAGUGUGUGUGUGCGUGUGUCUGUGUGUGUGUCUGCAUGUGUGUACAUACAUCAUAUGAGUGAAUCUGAAUGGAUUAGGAAUUGUGUGUGUGUUAAUGUUUUUGCAUAUACUAUUGUUGCACACCCUUCUUGUUGCUUUAUCUGAAAUAAAUGAACAUAAAAACGAA